UGCUUCUGUGUGGAAUGCUUGGCAGAUGCUUGGCGACUAAGGCUUAAAGUGUUCAAGCAUACCUUGAAGAUUGCAUCCCCAGUGCCAUGAAUAGAAGGUCUCAUUCAGUGAACCUCAGAAAAACUAAACACAAGCCAGAGGAGAUAUGCAAGGCCUUCAAGGAUAUCUCCAAAUACUUCUCUAAGGCAGAGUGGGCAAAACUGAGCCAUUCAGAGAAGAUCACAUAUGUGUAUAUGAAAAGAAACUACACCACCAUGACUAAUCUAGGCCUCAGAGCCCAUCUCCCAGAUUUCAUGGAAUCUAAGGAAAAGGUCACAAAAUCUGUGCUCAGUGAUUCUGGUGAAGUUUCCAACCAUGAGAGUCAAGGACUCAAGAGUAAGUCAGUGAGCAUCUGGAGACAUCGGUUAAGGGAAAGGAAGAAGCCAGUGAUAUAUGAAGAAGAAGAAGGUGAUGAAGAUAAAGAGGAAGAGGAA